GGGAGCUCAUUCCAAAUCAAGAAACGCCAGGAAUCGGAAGUGUUUUUCAUUCGGGAGGAGGAAAAUCCUCUUCUAAGGAAGUGAUAGCCUACAGCUGCAGCUCAGUUGAAUUUUGUGGACAUUGAUUGAGAGUGAAGCUAAAAGACUGUGAUAAAAUUGCUACUAGUGAAGUGAACAGCAGCUAAAAGUGCUUCAAGGACAUAUUUCCAGUGGACUGAAAAUCGAGAGUUUGGACUCUGUGAAGUGAAGAAUUAGUUCGGGGAGUGUUGUGAAGGACUAUAAUGCGAUUCUGAAUACAGAAUUAUGUACCACGACUUGAAAUUGUACAACAAAUUGUUCGGUGGAUGUGGACUGGCUUCGUUCAUUGGCCUUGUGGGCUAUGAGGCUUACCGUACGUACUCAGCAGUGAGUAAUCUGGUGGACACCCGAGUGCUCGACAUUGACCGGAAACGUCCGGACUACAUCUACAUCAAGCAUCAUAUCUACAGACAGUCGCUACAGGAACAGCUGGAACAGGAAAAAGAGAACAGCCGGUUGGUGAACGUGGUGGUGCAGCCUUUCGGCAAGUGGUGGAAGGCUCUGAAGCACUCGGUGGCUUGGAGGUUGCUUAAAAUUGCCCAGGAGGGUGAGCAGAGCGAUCGGUUGAAGGCCAUCAAGCAACUUGCACUUAUUGAUCAUCUGAAAGAUUGGGACUUCCAGCACUUGGCCCAGUUGUGUGACGCUCAAACGGCGGUAUCUUUGGCUCGUUCGAACUGUGAUUCCCGUUGGUUCCUGCCGCCACGUCAGUAUGGAGUGGAAAAAUCGGCCCACGAAGUGUUGGCCAGUAUCAAAGGUCUCAUUGAAAAGCUAGCACCGCACCGUUGCGCUGAGUAUGCGCUAGAACAUACGUUUACAUCCCAUCAGAUUAAGGAACCCGUCGGAGACGAUGUGGUAGAUCAUAGGCUGUAUGUCUCUCGUUUCGAAAAUGAGCAGCUCAAGCAGGCACUCAAUGCCUUGGUACAUCUGACCACUGUGGAGGAGAACUGCCGCAAAAUCAUCGAUGCCGGUGGAUUGAUGGAACUGAUCGAAGUGGAGAAGCUGUAUUCCGACAACAUCGAUAUGAAGCUGACUUUGGCCAGAAUCAUUGCCAACCUGUCCGUGCAUGGAGAUCGUGCUUAUGAUUUCUUCGCCAGUGGUUGGAUCAACAUUCUGUCUAAAUGGCAGAAGGACGUUGACAUGCGAAUGCAGGUGACGACGGAUCUCACUCUCUCGAAUCUGGAUCGUGACGAUCCAAAUAGUUUUAGCUAUGAGUACAAUGUAUACCCUCUAUACCCGAAAGGGCGGAGGAAAAACAAGCCAGAUGUGGAUGUCAUAUUUGUUCAUGGACUGUUAGGAGGUGUGUUCGUGACGUGGCGACAAAAGGAUCUCAAACCACAGGCGGCCAGUCUUCUAGGUAAGAAACAUACUGCUGUUAGUCUAAGAUCCUCGGGUGCCAAAGCUAGAAACAAAAAUGAGACUCCGGCGACUCUCACUACUGCGACAACUACCGCGAACACAAUGGCCAAAACCAUAGAGGGCAAUUCUACCCCUAAUUCGCUGCCAAUCCGACGACGACUGUUCAAUUGGUCUGCUAGAAAGUCUUCCUUCGAUGAUGACGAACAAGCCAGUAGGGCCCACGCAAUAGAGGGUAUUGCAUCUUACAACGACGCAGAGCUGCUCACCCUUCAGCCGACACCGCCAAAAUUUCAACCCUCGAUCAGCGACACGGCCACCAAAGAACUCAUUCAAGCACUCCAAGAGGACGAACCACUCUCCUCGGAAUGGUCCGUCGUUUUUCCCGAUCUUCCACUGGUAGCAGACGAAAAGUACACCAGCCCAGGUGUCCAUAAAAACUUCGAAGGACGCUACAGUGUAUCCGGUGACAAGUGGCUCCAGGAACCGCUGGGCGACGAAUCCAUCGGACGGUCCUUCUGCUGGCCCAUGGAGUGGCUGCCCAAAGACUUCCCCAACAUUCGCGUGAUCGGUCUCAACUAUGAAUCAUCGCUGUCGCAGUGGUCGGCCAGCGGUUGUCCAUGCGAGAAGUACGACGGAAAGCUGGAAAAGCGUGCCGCGGAAUUCUUGAGAAAACUCGCCAGAUCCAACAUCGGACAGGAUCGACCCGUCGUUUGGGUCGGCCAUUCGAUGGGAGGACUGCUGAUCAAAAGUAUUAUGAACCAAGCGGCCGCCAGCGAUGAUCCAGCAGUUCGCCGCAUAGCCCAGAACUCACGUGCAGUUAUGUUCCUUGGAACGCCCCACCGUGGAAGUGCCAUUGCCAAGCUGAAGCAGCACACUUCCGCUUUAGUUUGGCCCUCGGUUGAAGUCCGCGAACUGGAGGAGAACUCUCUUCACCUGCUGCAUCUUCACAAAACGUUCCUCAAAACCAUCAGUCAACUGCCAAAGAAGCCGGAGAUUGUGAGUGUCUGCGAGGGCAGCGCCACCGUGCUGACCUCGUUUAAGUUGCCAUUGCACAUUGUUCCGGAGAAAUCGGCUCGUCUGGAUGAAGGAGAUUUCUACCUGAUAAAGGAGGACCACCUCAGCCUGAGCAAACCGAUGUGCAGACAAUCAUUCCUCUACCAGAGGCUAAUCAGCACGAUUUGGUGCGCGAUGCAGUCGGCCAAGGAGGCAGGUGAAACGGAAGAGGAGCAUGGUUCCGGUAGAAGCAAGACUGCGGAAAGUGGAAAGAGGUCUAGCUCUGUAUUCAGUGAUGUCUACCGCAAGUUGGGGCAGUUGGACAGAGUAUUCAAUAUAUUUCUCUAGAUAAAAUUCCUCAGUACAAUGUGCGUUUAUGUUCUUUUGUUACG